CUAGCCAAGCCAAGUGGCACCUCAAAACAUGCCGCAGAAAGCGAAAAGAUGACGUGUGUUUACGAGCAUGGCGGCGCCCACUACGAGCAUGUCGUGGUGCCAACUUUGCGCCCUAUUUAUUCUUAUUGUAAAUUUUCUUUCGUCCGUCCAAGGAGAGCUGCGCUACGUGACGUGCGGGUCGGUGCUGAAACUGCAGAACACGGAGCACGGCGUGCGCCUGCACUCGCACGACAUCAAGUACGGCUCCGGCAGCGGCCAACAGUCGGUGACCGGCACCGACCAGAUGGACGACAACAACAGCCACUGGGUGCUCAAGGCCAAGCGAGGUGGCAGCUGCCCGAGGGGGGAGCCCGUGGCGUGUGGGUCUACGGUGCGCCUGGAGCACCUGACGACCCACAAGAACCUGCACAGCCACCACUUUGUGUCGCCGCUCUCCAACAACCAGGAGAUCAGCGCCUUUGGGGACUCCGGCGAGGGAGACACAGGGGACAACUGGACGGUGGUGUGCAGCUCGGACUUCUGGGAGCGGGGGGCCACGGUGCGCCUCAAGCACGUCGACACCGACAUGUGGCUGUGCGCCUCCGGCCAGACGUACGGGCGGCCCAUCGGGGGCCAGAUGGAGAUCUGCGGCCUGGGCCACCCCGCCAGCUCCUGCUACUGGAAGACCGCCGAGGGCGUCUACCUGAGGGAGGGGGACGCAACUUUGGCCCUGAGGGCCACCGCCCACACCUCCCACCUGCACCAGGAGCUCUGAGCUCUUGGCUCACAUUGCCCCCGUUCCCUUCGGACCUUGCGAGACAAAGCAUUAAAGUGCCCGCGACGA